UCCCAGGCAUCGGUGGGUGCCAAGAGCCACCGCGGUGCUCCCUGGGGCAGGCUGAGAGCCUGCCCUGCGUCCACCUUUGGAGCAGCAGCUGCCUGGGGACCACAGUGGAGCAAGGGGAGCUCAGAGGCACCCGAAGAUGAACCUCCUUGCCCAGGUGAGCUCCCUGGUGCAGACCCUGCGAGCCUGGGAUGUGCCGCUCCUCCAACCCCAGCGCUGGCUGGGCUCCUGGGUGAGCAGCUCCAGGCAGGCAGUAGCUGGGGCAGCGAGCACAGCGGCGUUCUUCCUCUGUGAGGGGUUGCUGGGCCAGCACUUCAAUGUGGUCCCCAAUGGGGUGGCUGAGCCCCAGCCCGGGGACCUCUUCCUGUUCCCACUGGCCUCGGGGGGCCCUGGCUGGUGGGGUGCCCACGCUGGCGUCUACUGCGGUGAUGGGGAGAUCAUCCACCUGGAAGGCAGCUCAGGGAUGUCCCCAUCAGGGAUCGUGGCCAAGCACAGCAAGAGCCACCUCCUGCGGUCACGGGGCCCAGCCAAGGUGCUGCGGAGGAAGGGAGGGAUGGACAUGGCCGCGCUGCAGCAGCGCAUCCGGGUGGCCAUGGACCAGCCGGUGGAGUACGACGCUGUCACCUGCAACUGCGUCCACUUCGCCCUCACCCUGCUGGGGCUGGGCCAGCUCGCUGGCGCCACGGUGGGUGCCACCACCCCAGGAACCCUGACACCCACCCCGGCCAUGUGUCACCACAGCCCAUCUUGUCUCCCAGGCAUCCCCAGCACUGCAGUGAUGGAGGUGGUGAUGUGCCCGGGGACACGCGGAGCUGGAGCAUCCUGCCUGGGGGACCAGUGUUGUGCCAGCAGCUUUGUCCUCCCUCUUACGUAGCAAUAAAUGGUUGCAGGGAGACCCUG